UUAUCACAUGUCUUCCCUAAGUUGGAGCUCAACAAAGGUGGGAAGAGAACAAAUCCCAGAAGUGUCUCUGAGUUCUGGCCAAAGGAUGCCAUUGAUAGGCAUGACCACUCCCACAACCUCACCAUCUCACCUCCAUCUUUUUAGCCAUUUUGACACUGCUUCUCCCGAUGGUUCGGAAGAGCCCCUUGGCCAAGCUGUGGCAUAAGCUACAGAGAGAGAGGCCUCAUGCGAUGAAAUGUGAAUGGAGGAAAGACAACCAGCCUGACCUCGUUCUUUCAGCCCGCAAGAACACACUCCAAUAAUUAACUAUAAAACUUUCACUUGUAUAUGUACAUAUUUAUCAUCUGAAUUGACUGAAAUUAAUAGUGCCAAGCUUUUGUUAUAUGUAUGGUUUGUUGUUUUCUGAAUAUGAAGGAAGCUGGGAAUGGAGUACGUGGAUCUUUAUCUGGUGCAUUGGCCUGUGACGUCGAUAAAAACAAUUAUCAUGUCCAUUUCUCGCUGCAUGCCCACUUGGGCCGGCAAAAGGAACUCAUGAUGCUUCUUCGAACCCUAACGGGAACAGAAGGAGUUUCCUAUGUUGCAGUAUAUAUGGAGAGACCCUUUGUAGUGUUCACAUUUCUGCGCCAAGUUCUCCUCACAAAGAUGGAAAUCCCAGAAGUAUUACUGAGCUCUGGCCAAAAAAUGCCACUGCUAGGCAUGGGAACAGCAACCUUUCCCCUCCCACCGCCUCACCAAGUCACCUCCAUCCUUGUGGAUGCCAUCGAGGUGGGUUACCGCCACUUUGACAGUGCUGCUGUCUAUGCUUCUGAAGAGCCUCUUGGCCGAGCAGUGACUGAGGCUAUAGAGCGAGGUCUCAUCAAGAGCCGAAGUGAAUUGUUCAUCACUUCAAAGCUAUGGUGCACUGACAACCACCCUGACCUCGUUCUUCCAGCCCUCAAGAACACACUCCAGAAGCUGGGAAUGGAAUAUGUAGAUCUUUAUCUGGUGCAUUGGCCUGUGAGGUUGAGGAAAGAAGUUCCAAUCUUUGAGUUUUCAGGGGAGGAUGUUAUUCCCUGGGACAUGAAAGGAACAUGGGCAGCCAUGGAAGAGUGCUGCAGAUUGGGCCUAGCCAGAUCUAUUGGUGUAAGCAACUUCAGUUCCAAAAAGCUCUCCCAGCUUCUCCAACAUGCUACCAUUCCUCCUGCUGUUAAUCAGGUGGAGAUGAACCCAGCAUGGCAUCAGGUGAAAUUGAGGGGGUUCUGCAAGGAGAAGGGGAUUCAUGUGACUGCAUGGUCUCCACUGGGAGCAAAUGGAGCCUUUUGGGGUUCCCUUUCUGUGGUGGAUAAUCCAAUUUUGAAAGAAAUCUCUACUGCAAAAGGGAAGAGCUUGGCACAGGUUGCGUUGAGAUGGUUGCACCAGCAAGGAGUUAGCAUUGUAGUUAAGAGCUUCAAUAAGGAGAGGAUGAAGGAAAAUCUUAAAAUCUUUGAUUGGGAACUCACGGACAAUGAACUAGCCAAGAUCAAGCAGAUCCUGCAACACAGGGGUUGCCCAGGACAGAGUUUCGUUCAUCAUGAUGGACCUUAUAAGUCAUUGGAGGAGCUUUGGGACGAUGAUGCCUGAAAAUUUCAAGUGCAGUCAAUAGCACGGUGACAAUAAAUAGACCUUGUUCAUCAAGUGCUGGCUAUAAACAAAGGGAACGCUCUUAUAUUGUGUAAUUCAUAAUUGGCCAUAUACUAUUUGGAGGCCAUCAUUGUCCUUUAUAGCUUUAAAAGAUUUGAAUGAUUUUUGUGAAUACCAUUUCGAAGGUGAUCAUUGUCUUUUCAAAAUUA